CGCUCCGCGCCUCACCUGGCACCCCCCACCCCGGCUCGGGGUCGCGAUGGAGCCCACGGCCGCCGCCACGCUCACGGAGUGCUCGGGGCUCCUGUUCCUGCUGUUUCUCCUGCGGCUGCCGCGCGGGAUCACGGCGGCGCCGGCCGGGUCGGUCGUGGGCGCGAGGCGCGGCGGAGCAGGGACAGAUGCUCUCUCGCUUUCCUACAAUUUCUCCAUCACAUCUCAGGCCAGGCCUGGACAACCGUGGUGUGAGAUUCAAGGCCAGGUCAAUGGAAAUGAGUUUCUUUAUUAUGCCUGUGGAAGCAAGCGGGUUAUAUCCGUUGGUCCUUGGGGGAUGAAGCUGAAGGACACAGCAUUUUGGGACACACAGAUGGAACCUCUGGAGGACCUGGGGGAAGAGCUCAGAAAGAAACUGCUGGACAUCAAAGCAGAGUUUAUCACUAAGAGCAAUUCUCUCACCCUGCAGGUCAGCCUGAUGUGUGAGCGUGGGGCCCACGGACACAGCAGAGGAUCCUGGCGGUUUGUCUUCACUGAACAGUUAAUCUACCUCUUUGACCCAGAGAACAGAAAGUGGAUAGAGAUUUCUCCUGGAGGCCAACAGGUUAAGGACAUGUUGGACGGUGACAGAGAGUUGACUGAGCUCCUCAUGAAGAUCGCAAACGGAGACUGUAAGAGAUGGCUCCAGAAACUGCGGGAGCACAGCAAUGAGAUGCAGGAGACCACAGGAGCACCGGCCACAACCCUGCCUAUAGCUCUGAUCAAAGGCGCCGCCAUCAGGCCGAUCACUUCCGUCCUCCAUGUGGUCCUCACGCACUCAAUCCUCCUUGUUGUCCAAGGCAUGGUCCUUUGAGUAACAGGUACUGUGGGCAGAACUGAGUCAGAAGUGAGAGGCAGAUGGCCCGAGGUGAGCACAGAGAAAUGCGAAUGGCCAGCCCUUGUCC